AUGGCCCGAAAGGAUUACGCAGCGGAGAAAGAUAAGCUGAAGAAGUUCCUCCAGGAGUUUUACACAGAAGAUGAUAAUGGGAAGAAGCAGUUUAAAUACGGAGCACAACUUGUGGCUCUGGCCCAUCGGGAGCAGGUCUCUCUGCAGGUUGACCUGGACGACGUGGCCGAAGAAGACCCUGAUCUGGUGGAGAGCAUCUGUGAGAACGCCAAACGCUACAGCGGCCUGGUGGCGGACGCCGUGCACGAGCUGCUGCCGGAGUACAAGGAGAGAGAUAUGGUGGCCAAAGACUCUCUGGACGUGUACAUCGAGCACCGGUUGAUGAUGGAGCAGCGUGGCCGGGACCCCGCAGACACACGGGACCCUCACAACCAGUACCCCCCGGAGCUCAUGAGGAGAUUCGAGGUGUACUUCAAGCCCCCCAGCACCGGGAAGGCCAAAGUGGUGCGGGACGUGCGCGCGGACAGCAUCGGCCACCUGGUGACCGUCAGGGGCAUCGUCACCCGAGCCACGGAGGUGAAGCCCAUGAUGUGCGUGGCCACCUACACUUGUGACGCGUGCGGUGCUGAGACCUACCAGCCGAUCCAGUCUCCCUCCUUCAUGCCCAUCGUCAUGUGCCCCAGCCAAGAGUGUGUCACCAACAAGUCCGGGGGCCGCCUCUACCUUCAGACUAGGGGCUCCAAGUUUGUUAAGUUCCAGGAGCUGAAGAUCCAAGAGCAUAGUGACCAGGUGCCAGUGGGGAAUAUUCCACGCUGCAUGACUGUGUUUGCCAAAGGAGAAAACACGCGGCUGGCUCAGCCUGGAGACCACGUGGCCAUCACCGGAGUCUUCCUCCCGCUGCUGCGGACGGGCUUCGCUCAGGCCACUCAGGGUCUUCUUUCUGAAACCUACAUGGAAGCUCACGGUAUCGUACUCAUGAAUAAGACUGAGGACGAUGAGCUUGGCAACGAGGAUCUGAGCGAGGAAGAGCUUAGAGACAUCACAGAUGAAGGAUUUUAUGAGAAACUUGCUGGAUCAAUUGCACCAGAAAUCUAUGGUCAUGAAGAUGUUAAAAAGGCUCUUCUGCUGCUGCUGGUGGGAGGUGUGGAGCAGGCUCCAAAAGGCAUGAAAAUCAGAGGGACAAUCAACAUCUGUCUGAUGGGAGACCCUGGAGUGGCCAAGUCCCAGCUGCUGUCAUACAUCGACCGCUUGGCUCCUCGAAGCCAGUACACGACGGGAAGAGGCUCGUCUGGAGUCGGUCUGACUGCUGCAGUUAUGAGAGACCCUCUGACCGGGGAGAUGACUCUGGAAGGUGGAGCCUUGGUUCUUGCUGAUCUGGGUAUUUGUUGCAUUGAUGAGUUUGAUAAGAUGGCUGACGCUGACCGCACAGCUAUUCACGAGGUCAUGGAGCAACAGACCAUUUCUAUUGCUAAGGCUGGGAUCAUGACCUCCCUCAACGCCCGCUGCUCCAUCCUGGCGGCCGCUAACCCCGCUUACGGGCGCUACAAUCCCAAGAAGAGCAUCGAACAGAACAUCCAGCUGCCGGCCGCACUGCUGUCUCGUUUCGACCUCCUGUGGCUGAUCCAGGAUAAACCUGACGCUGAGGCCGAUCUGCGCCUGGCCCAGCACAUCACAUAUGUGCAUCAGCACUCCCGACAGCCCCCCAUGCACUUCACCCCCAUCCACAUGAAACUCAUGAGGCGCUACAUUGCUCUGUGUAAGAAGAAGCAGCCCGUGGUCCCUGAGAACCUGGCUGACUACAUCACUGCUGCGUAUGUGGAGAUGAGGAAAGAGGCGCGCGUGAGCAAAGACACCACCUUCACCUCAGCACGAACGCUGCUCUCCAUCCUGCGCCUCGCCACUGCUCUGGCUCGUCUGCGGAUGAUGGACGGUGUGGAGAAGGAAGACGUAAACGAAGCAAUGAGACUGAUGGAAAUGUCCAAGGACUCUCUCCAGGCCGACAAGUCCUCGUCCACCAGGACCCAGAGACCUGCGGACGUGAUCUUCUCUCUGGUGCGGGAGCUGGCCACUGAGGGGGUGGCGGGACGCGGGGGCUCGGGAGGAGUGGUCCGUGUGUCCGAGGCCGAGCAGCGCUGCGUGUCCAGGGGCUACACUCCGGCUCAGGUGCAGGAGGCGCUGGAGGAGUACGAAGAGCUGAACGUGUGGCAGAUAAACCACACUCGCACCCGCAUCACCUUCGUCUGA